CGUAUGGAGCAACUCUUAACUGUGAAAAAAUAAAAAAUAAAUACAUUAUUUAAUGACAUAUCACUUUAAAAGUACUUGCUAUUUUGUGUAGAAUAAGAAAAAAUCAAAGUCUAAAGUCCCCAUAGAAAGUACAGUUUCUAUGAGAAAUCUCCCAGACAACGAUUCAAGCUGGAACGAAAUUUAAGAUCGCGAGUUUUGAGAAAUAGUUUGGGCAAAAAUUGAUUUGUUUUAAUAAAAGUAAUCAAAUAAUCCGCCAAGAUGUCUAAGGUGGUUAAGAGUGGAACCAAAGGCAACGUAUUUACGUCUAAAGCAAUGAAGAAGAGUAGCAUAAUGAAUACCAAAAGCCAAAGUCGAUUUACAAGUAGGAGAAGUGACAUCAGUGUAUCACACACACACAGUAGGAGGAGUGUCACUCUCAGUGAAUCAAAAUUAACAGAUGGCAAAUCCGCUGGUGGGCAACGUCUUGGAUUAAUUGUUCUGGAUGAAGACGGUAAUGAUGUCACCCCUAAGCCUCUCCACUCCUAUGACCCAACUGUCCAAAAAAGUGGAUUUUUCGGCAGUGACAACCAGUCUACAGUUGGCACCCCAACCGAUGUCAUGUCAUUUACAUCAGUGUAUCAAAGCUUUGCUCAACCUUUCAGCAGAUCAAUUUACGGGAGCACCUCAAACAGAUCGGCAAAAUCUAAACGAUCUUCAAUUGAAUCAAGCGGAGAAAUAACUGAAAGUGGACCUGAAGUUACUACUGGAUUCGCAGAUGUGAUGACUGUAAGGAGAGAAGAAGUGGAGGACCUUACUGAUGAAGAUCUUAAUAAGAUGGUGGAUGUAAUACUGGAGGAGACGGACACAAUCUGGAUGUUUGAGCAAAAAGGUAUAGCUGUGUCAGAGGAAAGUGAGGAAUCUCAAAUUAUACAGACCAAGAACACAGCAUACGAAGAAUUAUGUAAAACUAAAGAAGGCAAUGAUAGAUUUGCCGAAAGAGGAAUGCAGACUUUUAACUUUGCUCAGAAACACAAAGAAAUACAAGCUGAGAAGGUUGGUCUUACUGAUGCUGCAAUCAAUGUAACAUCAUGGGACAUGUACGACACAUAUGCAUCUAAAGAAGAACCUCCCACAUCAGAUUCAAAUGAAGGGAUCAUUGAAAAGAGAGGGAGAAGCUUGGGAGGAGGAGGGGAGAGGAGAGGGAGUAGGGAUGGGAGUGUGGGAACAUCAAGGGUCACAGAAAGCAGAGCAAGUAUGUUGACAAUGUCAGUGAUGGGAGAACCUGAACCUGACCCAUCUCCGCAACCUACAACUACUGAAACAAAUGAAACAGGUGUCAACCCUCAAUGGGAGAAAAUUUCUAACAGUGAAAGUAUUUUAAAACACCUGGUUGUAAUGGAAAGAGUGGUCACUGAGAAUAUCUAUCAACCAAAGCAAGCUACAUACAGAGGAAUGUCUGUGUUAAUAGACCCCGAUAAAGAAAUGGAAGACGCUGAGAAUGCCACUGGAGGAGGUUCUCCCGAUAUUAUGACAGCGAUUGGUCCAACAAUAGACAGGCUAUGGUCAUAUAGCUCUCCUAUGACGAAGGGUAGGAAUGUAUCCAGUAUGACAUGGAAUAAAGUCAACCCCGAUAUUCUUGCUGUGGGUUACGGACAAUUUGGUUUCAAUGAACAAAAUAAGAACAAAGGAAGUUUAACUUGUUGUUGGAACUUAAAGAACCCAGAAUUCCCAGAGCGAGUUUUCCACAGCAAAGCUAGCGUUACUGCACUCGACUUUAGUUCAGUUUAUCCCAACUUACUGGCUGUUGGUCUUUAUGAUGGAACAGUUUGUAUUUACAAUGUGAGGAACAUGACUGACCAACCAGUUGUUGACAGUUUCGAUUGCACUGGCAAGCACUCCAGUCCUGUGUGGCAACUAUGUUGGAUAGAAAGGGAAAGGGGUCUGGGUGAAGACCGAAGUGAAAUACUGAUAUCAAUAUCAGCAGAUGGUAGAGUGGUACAGUGGUCAAUAAGGAAAGGUUUUGAAUGUAGUGACUUAAUGAAGCUGAAACGAACUGGAAGCAAGAACCCUCAAAAGAAGAAAGAAAAAGCUGAAGCUUUAAUAUCAAGACAAGCUCCAGGGAUGUGUUUUGAUUUUCAUGCUAAGGACAGUAACAUGUACUUGGCGGGAACUGAGGAAGGUCUGAUCCACAAGUGUUCGUGUUCGUACAAUGAACAAUUCCUUGAUACAUACACAGGACAUACAGGUCCUUUGUAUAAAGUACGAUGGUCACCUUAUUGCCCAGACGUCUUUUUAUCUUGCAGCUCUGAUUGGAGCAUACGGUUAUGGAAACAAACUGAAUUGAAGCCGGUGUUAAACUUCUUCUCCACCACAAAAGCUGUCCAUGAUAUUUGUUGGUCACCUUAUUCAUCUACUGUGUUCUGUGCAGUGAAUGAAGGGGCUGUGGAGAUAUGGGAUCUAAAAACUAACACAUUGGAUCCUUUAAUAACCAACCUAGCCAGUCCUGGGAUGAAGUUUAGUUGCGCAAUCUUCUCACUCAAUUCCAACAGUGUCUUGGUUGGUGACAGUGAUGGACACGUUUCUGUUUAUCAACUUAGGAAUAUGUCAGAUAAGAAUGAAGAUAAGGAUGCAUCUGCUUUAUCAAACAUCAUGAAUUCUACAAUAUCAAGUCAAGUUGACAAAAACUCAGAUGAAAAAAGAAAAGAAUAAUUUUUAUAUAAAUUACAGAAUAUAUUUUUAUAAACAUUUUUAAAUAUUUUAAUACAGCUAAUUUAUAUUUAAAUAUUCCUUUCUUGGUAAUGUUUUUAAACUCCUAAAAGUCUUUUGUUUUGUUAGAUAACUAGAAUUAUAUUUAUUUGGUCUUGCUUUGGUUGGUUUAAACUCAGUAGCUGUUUCUUCAAUACAAAUAACAUUCGUGAUCGAUCCAACCUA